GCUGAUCUCUCUGUUCUCUCUGGCUCUCUGCAGAUCCUUGCUGCAGACGCUGCUUCACCAGCACCACCGGGAGACCUGCGCCCGCAUCUCCUCGGCCCUGGUGCUGCUGACGCUGGCCUUGGCCUUGGCCUUUUACCAGAUGACCUCCGGGGGCUCCUCGCGGCUGGGCGGCGCCCAGGUUCCCAGGCAGGACGGUGGCGCCGGACAGAUGGGGGCGCAGGAGGAGCCUGGAGACAUCCCAUCUGCGGCUCACAUGCAUGCACGGGGCGUUUACCAUCAUGCCACCCUCAUCACCAGCUCAAAGACCUGCUCCCGCCUGGGCAAGGACCUGCUGGUGGCCGGCGGGAACGUGGUGGAUGCCGGGAUCGCAGCUGCGCUCUGCCUGGGGCUGGUCCACCCGCAUGCCGGGGGGCUGGGCGGCGUGUUCUCAGCCCUGCUGCACAACGCCUCGUCGGGCAGCACCGUGGCGUUGAACGCCGUCCCGCGCCGUGGCUUCUCCCCGCACUACGGGCUUCCCGUGGCCCUGCCGGGCCUGCGCCUGCUGCACCGGCACUUCGGCCGCCUGGCCUGGCCGCGCCUGCUGGAGGGGCCGGCGGCGCUGGCGGAGAGAGGCGUCCGCGUAGACCAGGAGCUGGCUGCGGCCCUGCAGGAGAGCGCGGGCGCGGUAAAGGCCUCAGGCCUCUGCAGCCUCUUCUGCGACGGGGCCGGCGAGCUGAAGGGCCGGGGCGCGCUGGUCACCCGCCCCCGGCUGGCGGCCCUGCUCCGGGCGGUGGCGUCAGGGGACGAGGCCCUGCCCCAGGCCCUGGCCCCGGACCUGCCCCCUGCCGAGCGGGAGCCCUUCCUGCAGGCCAUGGGGGACGUGGGGCUGGAGCUGCAGAGCCCCCUGGCCAUGCAGCUGGGCGACACCUGGCUGUAUGGAGCCCCGGCCCCCGCCGCCGGCAGCCUGCUGGCCAGCGUCUUCGAGGAGGUGCGGGCAGCCGAGCCCCGGGACGCGCCUGAUCCCUGCCUGAGGGCCCUGAGCGCGGCCUGGCGUGGCUACUCCCGGGGACUUGGGGGGGCCGUGGGUGGGGGCCCCUCACCCCGGCCCCCUCGCCCUGCCAGGGCCCCCUCGCCCGUGGGCAGCCACCUGGCAGUGGCAGACAGCCAGGGGAACGUGCUGCUGCUCUCGGCCUCUCUCAACAGCUCCUUCGGCUCCAAAUUCCUGGCGCCCGCCUCGGGCAUCCUGCUGAGUGACCUGACAGCGCCCGCGGGGCCUGGCCUGCUCUCCUGGGCCUGCCCCGUGGUGCUGAGCCUGGGGGAAGAGGGGACAGUGGUGGGGCUGGGGGCCACAGGGGGCAGUGCGGCCCCACUGGCCCUGGCCCAGGCCAUUAUAAACCAGGUGUACCUGGGGCAGCCCCUGCAGGAGGCGCUGGAGAGCCCAUGGCUGCAGCUCAGGGGCGGGGGGGACGGGGCCUCCCAGGGCUGUGGGCCGGGCACCCAGUCAAAUCUGUCCAGUGGCGAGUGGGCUGGGGGGGCCCCACAGGCGGGCCCCUGGGUGCUGCAGGUGGCAUCACAGGGUGAGCAUGCACGUGCCUUCGCCGCCCCGGCCACGUGCUGCCAUCACGAGGGGUAUUAGCCCCAGGGGCCCUGCUCAGAGACCAGGGCACACGGCGCUGGCGUGGGCAGGGCUGGCAUGCCCGGUGCGCCGUGGACCCCAAGCUGGCCCUGCCCACGUAGUGCUGGGGGCACAGCGUGAGUGGCUGGUUCUGGCAGCCCCGGUUGGACUCCCCCGCCCAGGGGCCAGUACCGCACUCCGGCAGGCCCCCUCCCCCUCCUUGCCGGCGUGGCAGGGCUAUGCAGGGCCCCCAUCACAGGGGGUCGGGCUGCUGCCCUUUGCAUCAGGCCAGCCCAGGUUCCCUGGGGUUUGGGGCAUGCCAGGGGCUGGUUCCUCCCUGCUCUCCACUCUGGGGCCCCCGCUGCCGCCUGGCACCUCUCUGGAGACAGCCCCACUCCCCCCCCCAGAUCCCUGCCAGACACUCCUGGGUCCUGACGUGACGGGAGCUGCAGCCCCACGCGCACACGGGCGUUCGGCUGACCGGAGCCGGGCUGGGGGUCCCAGGAAGCUGACGGUGUGUCCUAAGGGCUGGGUGGGGGACAGCAGGGCUCUGGGGCCAGAGAGAUGGGCUGCAGAUGGGGAGAAGUGGCAGGAACUCCCCUCCCCCCGAUCCUGGCGAGAUGGGUUGGCUGGGGCACCGGCUCAGAGCGGGGGCUUAUGGACACUCCUGUGUGUGUCUGUGAAGAGAAAUAAACCCAGUGGGAGCCGUG